AAUGGAGCGAUCAAAACCCCAGGCGUUCCUGUCCUCGUAUGCGCCGCGACUGCGCACCUACAACAACUCUCUCUUGACGCCCGUCCUGCCGAGUGCGCCGACGGGCCCUGACCUGGCCGACAAGGUGGGCAAGGACAUCAAGGAGCCCGUCGAGGUCCAGGGCAUCUGGCGGGAUUGGAUGGGCAAGAGCCGGUCCGUUAGGAGCGACCAGCAGAACGCCGCCCAAGCACAUCUGCCGCUGACGCUGAUACCCAUACGCAUCGACCUGGACAUCCCGUCCUUCAUCCCGCCCGCGCCCUUCCCGGCCCCGAACCCCAACUCCGUCGACAUCUCCCUGCCCCAGUACCGGCCGCAGGAGAUGACGGUGCCCUACAAGCUGCGCGACAUCUUCUGCUGGAACCUGCACGAGACGCUCAUCACCACGGACCAGUUUGCGCAGACGCUGGCCCAGGACCUGGACCUGCCCAACCGGCCGGCCGUCAUCGCAGAGAUUAGCAAGCAGAUUCGGACGCAGCUGGAAGAGUAUGCCGGCGUUGCCCUGCACCCGCUCUUCCAUUCUGAGCCCAUAUUCAAGUCCCGCGAUGACUCGCCGGCCUCGUUUGCGAGGGGCGUGUCUCGGCCUGAGACCCCCAUACAGACGGGCGGCCAGGCAACGCUGACACCACAGCCGCAGGCAUCGCAGGCACCCGAUGUCACAGCCGAAGCCACUCCUAUCCUGCCUGAUUCCGACGACUACAACCCCGACGACACCUAUCGAUGCAUCAUCAACCUGAGUCUGAACCUCUCAUCCAUGCUGUAUACAGACAAGUUUGAGUGGUCGCUUCUCCACCCACCGGGCACUGCCGAGGCCUUUGCAAAGGCGACCUGUGCCGAUUUAGGAUUGGCCGGCGAGUGGGUUCCGGCAAUGACACAUGCCAUCUACGAGGCGGUCCUGCGCCUAAAGAAGGAAGCCUGCGAGGCUGGAGGCCUUGUGGGAGGCUGGGGCGGAGCACAGCAGGAGCUGCCAAACGACGCCGCACAUGGCCAAGAGGCUGGCUGGAGGUACGACCCCGACCACCUGGCGGAUGAGUGGGAGCCCAAGGUCGAGUUCCUUAGCAAGGAAGAGAUGGAGAAGCGAGAGGGCGACCGCGAGCGGCAGAUUCGUCGGCUGCGGCGUGAGACGGCGCGAUUCAGCUCGACUACCGGCAUGAUGGGAGGCACUCCGUUUGGUGCGGGCACGGCUGUCGAAGCCGAGGAAGAACGAAUGGGCAGAGGCGAACGCUCCAAGAAGAAGCGACGCUUCCGCAGUCUAAGUCCCCUCGCCCGUGGCGGGACUCCCCUGGGGCGACUGACGCCAGACGUUGGCGGAUACGGGGGAGGAGUAGGCGCCCUGACGGACAUGGAGAGAAUGACGUGGCGAUGCUCGCACUGCCGUACGUGGGGGACGAGCGUCUGGGCAGUCCGAGACGGUCCUGCCGGCCCCAAGUCUUUGUGCGCCAACUGCGGUUACUUUUACGAAAGAGACCGUAGGCUGCCUCGCCAGACCAAAAAUCUGCACCUGCAGGACAUUCGAGCGGUCUAGGAACCCCCUAAUGAGCCCCGUUACGAUGAAGGGAAAGGAGAAGCAAGGAGA